AUGGAACCAUCUCCAGCGCCGCGCUUAGAGGAAUUGAUCCUCUCGGGCGCGGAUGUGAACGUACUGAACCACACAACGUUGUCUCUAUGGCAUUUUCAGCAGUUGACACAUGAACUUCUUCCAUUUACGGCGACUAUUGAGCCGGAGGAAGAUCUGGACGGAGUCAAAAGUUCCAAGACGGAGACACCAGAUCUUGUAUCAACCUAUGUACGAAGCGUAGACCUUGGUGAAGGAAUGAAUGUAGCUGCAGUACUAUACGAGCAGCCUAUGGAUGUCUUAAAGCUUGAUACAAGUGACCAGGAAGAUGAAAAGCAGAUCAGGGACAGUUUUAACGGGACAGAAGAUGGACCUGGAACACUGACCACUACAAUCAAGGGACACUUGACUCCGGACACUCGAGUUGCUGCCAUUUUUCAACGCUAUCGUUGUGUCUUGUGUCUUGAUGCGUCACCUUCUAUCUUGUCCAUUGAUCCAUCCUCUGGACGAUUGUUCUUGGACUUGCUAUAUGAGAGUGUGGAGCUUUUUAUUUGGAGUAUUUUACGUCCAAUGGAAGUUGGUGGUGUAGCCUUCACUCCAGAGCUUCAUGUGUCUGUAUUAGUACAAGGAGCUCUUGUGGAGUCACUUUGCGUGCUUAUGCAAGGAUAUAUCGUCACAAGGACAAACGCUGCAGGCUUUUUGCAGUUGAUAAAAGAGAGAUUCCAGUUAAUUGAAAAUAAUUGGGCCUCUCAGGCCCAGAAACAAGGGCAGUGGGGGUUGUUGGGCAAUGCGACACCAGCCACACUUGACUGGAUCCUGCAAAACGCCGUCUUUGCACUUAAUUCAUUGCCUACGGACUGUGCACCGAUGAUGGUCCUGGUAACGGACGGUGUCCUCGAUGUACGAGAUGUCUUUUCGUACGACAAUUUGUUGAUGCAACUUGUGCGUCAUGAUAUUCAGUGUCAUUUUUUGCGCAUUGGAGGAGGUGGAGAAGAUGAACUUAACGCUACUUUUGGCUUUGUGCCGGACACGCAUCUACUACGCUUCGUAGCAGAGUAUACUAGCGGAACAGUGUUUGAUUACGCCGCUAUUCACGAAGCUUGCUAUGGCAAAACGAGCACAAGUAGCGACACUGUUAAGAAAAUGACGGGGUUACAGGAUGCCUUUUUCUUACGUAAAUCAAGUGUGCAUGCCAACUCGGCACCUGUGGUCAAGCUAAAUGAGAUGGAUAGCACGUCAUUUGAUAGAAGGACGCUUUUGCCGUUACGUCCUUACCGCAUGUGGCGGGACAAGGUACUUGAAUAUCGCAUUUUUGCAGACGUGAAUCGUAUUGUGGAGGCAAGACUUUGUGAAGGCUUCUCGAUCAACAAGAUUCAUGUGAAGACUUACCGGCAGCCACGACUGGCAGAAAGAGAUUCCGUUCCAGGAGCUGGCGUAGAUACUUCUAGCAAUGGUGAUGCAAGCAACGCGAUUGAGAGCUCUAAUGAAGUCACCAAGUUAUUGAUUGUGUUCUUACUGCAAUGGAAACAGAAUGUUUGGCUAGAAUACGUGGUGUCAACAACAACCGAGGACUCAGCGACAUUGAUAUCGUCAUCAACUCCGGCACCUCACAGCGGUCGACGAGUGAGUGGACAGGGAUUAAAAGGUCCGCCGACAUCAUCAGCAGCAUCAAGAAUACCUACAGGAAUUUCCUGUAAGGACCAGAGAACAGCUUGGAGUGAGUGGUACGUGAAAAUGAACAUUUUAGGCUACGCGGACUUCCUCCGUGCGUUUGAAGAUACUAUGCAGCACUCUUUGGCAAGUGAAACCCGAGGGGCUGCAGCCAGGGGAGAAAAUUCCAUGGCAUCACCAGUCUUUGUGCACGACUUUAUUAGAAAUGUUCAAGAUGUCGACCGUGUGCUGCUGCAUUUGAUGACAGCGACGGCUAGUAUUAAUGAAACCAGCGACUCGGUUACCAACCAGUUUUCCUUUGGAACAAACUUAACAUCAGCAUCUGCAACCCCCAGGAUAACAAGUUUCCACCCGGUAUUUAACAUUAUUGGUGACCUCUCUACUGUGCUCUGGCAUCGUUGGUUUUUUGUAGAGCGAUUUGAGAUUCUCUCAGUUGUUAAAAGUGGCGCAUGUACGGACUUAUUUUAUCGCAGCGAAAUACAUGAUGUCGGGCGAGGAAGCGCAAGCUCGCAUUUGCGUGGCUUAGGAAAUUUUGCACAAGGAAUGAUUCACAAUCAUGAAACAAAUGUGUAUGGGGCACACAAUGGACACAUUACGAUUGGAGUUGAAAGCUUCGCUGAGCCCCUAGUCGCGAUUCUUGUUAGAUGGUCUUCGCAAAAGUUGUCCCAGGAUUUGUUCUUGAAGUUUCUUCGUCCGACUGAUUCGGAAAAAAUCCAUGCUCCUUCAAGGGCAAAGGCUCCGUCAUCUACUAUAACUUUGUCUGGAGGGAUUGCACAACGACGCCGACAGCGCAGUUAUAAUAGCAGCAUUGGCGACGGUGCUACACGUGGUGACGAUAGCUGCAGCACAAAAGAAAGUAAGGCAGCACUUUGCUUUGUACGGCUCGAGUACAAGAACAAAACGUUAUGUGCAAUUCACGUAGCAUUCUUCGCGACUAGAUCAUCAACCCGCCGGCAGGUUUUAGAUGACCUGAAAAGCACUAUUUUUUCGAGUAUUAAUGAGGUGGCUGUAAUACCUACCCCAGCCAAGCUGCUCUCUUCAUCACUGGUGGACACUCCAGUCAUUCUUUGUCAUCGAAUGCUGAGUCGUUUGCUUGUCACGCACGACACACUUCUUCUUCACGGAAUUGACCAGGACCCUGGACCCUUUGAUUGUUAUGUUGCAUCGCCGACGUUGGAGGCUGAGAAAAAUGCAGGAGCGAUACCUCCGUCAAGCAUAUGCUGCGGUGGGAGCGAAUUGCAGCUACAGCGAGUGUUCGGUGCGUACGUGUGGCACUCGAGUUGGAAGUGGAAAGUGUCAAACUUAUCGACAUUGUUGGACGUAAUGCGGCGGCUUCAUGAUGCCCGCAUCAGCAGUGGAUUUUGGGUCUUGGACUGGAAAAUGGAGGAAGGAGAUGCUGGUCAAGGUGCACAUGUUGAGAGUGUAAUUUUUGGGCGGGAAAUUUUGAUGGAAAAUGAGAACGGGCACACAAAGACAUGCCUGGUACAAUAUGCGCUUCGUCGUGUCUCAGAUACUUGCCUAAUGACGUCCUUCUGGAUGGAACCUCAGCAUGGCGUUGUUAAGACUCGAUUAUCGGAUGAAGCUGAUCAACUAGACAGAUUUCACUGGAGACUGAAGCAAGCUAUUGGGCACAGUACACCAUUUGAGAAUCGUGACAGUCGUGAUUCUCAUCGAAGCAAUAUCCCGCAUGGAGCUUCUGGGUGGGUUUCUGCAUCUUCGAUGGGUUCAGCGGAUGACGAACGGAAGUCAAUGCAGCACGAAGAUGUGAGCAUGCACUGGAAUGAGGAUUCCAAGUACUUGGAUGAGAGUGAAUUGCUGCAUUUAAUUCGUGGAUACCUGUUCAAAAGUGACCGCCACUUCCUCUCGUGCCUGUACACGUUUGAUAGCAUCAUUAAUUUGCGCGAAGACAUCGAGUUGAGCAAGAGUAUUGAUGGUAUCGUUGGCUCCAACUGGAGUAUAGAUCGGCACUUGGCGUCGAAAAAUGGCAUGAUCCUUCCUCCAUUCAGCACUGCAAGACUUUUGGCGACUUCAAAACGAUCUACAGAACAUUUUCUGAUGUAUCUGCAAAACAGUAAAUAUUCUGCGGAUGAGGCGAAUGAGCCGAGUAGUGGGAUUGCGCCUUCAGUCUCUACAGCCAACGACAAUUUGUAUUCUAUGCUUGAACUUACUCUUAGGGGCCUGAGUGAUUGCGAGGUGGCAUGGACAGACUACAAUGGCGACGUUGUGGCAGGUACUAGUAUGGCUACAAACGGCAAUAUUGAAGAUGAUCGCUUUUUUAGGGAAGGCAUGGAUGGACAGUUGCCAUUGUGGUUGAAGCAGCACUUGGCAUUGACUUUCAAGGACCGUGUGCCGCAUCAUGCCUUAAGUAAAGGCAAGUGCUAUGCAAAACUUGUGAGCGAUGAUUGCGUCGUGUUGGCAUUUUUUCCUUCAUUGGAUACUCUGCAGGUCCAAAACAAAACGGGUCGAGGGGGGUUUGCGCAAAUUGAUGGAAUGAAAGGCAAGUCACCUCUUGAAGACAGGCUGGAUACAAUAAACGUGGCAUCUGGAAAAGAAGAGGGGCGCAAAAACCCUUUAGAGCAAUUUUCCGUCCGUUCAGCGGACGAAAGUGGGGCGAAAUCUCGAGCUGUGCGGAUGUCAGUGUCUGCGGACGAUAUCGUGCUGUAUCAAGAGCGCCGGCGCAGCUUCCGUGAAGGCUAUAAAUCUUGGAGAAUGGGGCAUUAUCAAGGAUCUCGUGAUGAAAAGCAUAGUUAUGGGCGUGACUUUCAGAAACUCCGUCUUCCUUCAACACCAGAAGAUCAUGAGUUUUGUGAAGAAAUCAGUCGUCAAGCGGCUUACGGCUGCGAUUUUCAUCUAGUUAUUGAAAGUGCCAAUGGAGCUAUGGGCUCAGGCUUCUUUCAAGUUGCAUUUUAUGAAUGCUCGCUUUCUAGGUUGUCCACGGACUUGCACGAUACGAGUAACGAGAUGCAUGAUCAUGCAGAUUUGCCUCACACUAUUCUGAGGCAUCUAUUCUUCUCAAAACGCCAUGAUAAGUCGAGGGAAGACCGGUCAACAAUACCACUCGGUCGCCGUUUUUGGAACAUAUCUUUAGCCCGAUCACCAUUAGGCUCAACAGCGAAUCGAUUGAGUUCUAGCGGUAUUCGCGCUUCUCAUCGAUUUCGCAAAAAGAUUAAACGUGCACACGAGCAUAACUUUUCUCGCGGUGUUUACAUGGCGCUUCGUGAAGGAGGAACAGUCCAGCACAGUGAUUUGCUUCAGGCACUGUCGAGCUGUAUUGAAGUCCCAGUGGAUGUUGAUAUUACGCUCCUGUUUCGUAUGACGGAGGCUGCUGCAUCACACAAAAUUUUGCCACUGAGUCCGGCAGCAGCAGCAGUGGUCUCUGCUGGUAUGGGCGUGGACAUUCUAAAGGACAAGCUGACAAAGUCUUUCGAAACAAUCCUUUCCAAUGUUUUCGUUCCUAUUGCUGGCACAAAGUAUUACUACUUCUCAGGAAAUGAAAACACUAUGUAUGAAGAUAUGUCUGCAAGUGAGUACGACUUGCAUAUUCUAAUGGAAGACUCAGAUGAUGGCGAAGCGAUCUCCGAAAGUCGUAAAAAGGGUCAAUCUGAUGACGCUAGUUUCAGUGGAGAAGAAACCGUAGAUGCUGCCGAGAAGGGUUCCAAUCGAAGCAGGCGUGAUAGCUUGGGACGUGAAUUACCCCCGCCAGUGAUCACCUCAAGUGAAGAAAAAUCAGAGAGCGAGCAGCACCAUGCAAAUGUUGAAGAGGACGCAGAAUUCAACAAAGAUGUUGCUGUAGCGACGUCUAGCUUCUCUGUGCCAUUCUUUUUGAAGUUUGAAUGCCGUCUGCUCAAUAGUUCACACGAGAAUCGGUCAAAUGCUGCCGACGUGCAUGCUUUAGGAGCGACGACUGAGUCUGCUUUGCUAAGUCGAUCGUCUAGCAGCGCUGCUUACGAAGACAUGGGAAAGGAUAUGGUUGCACAGGCACAACUCGCUUCACCUAGUAGUCGACAGGAAAAGCUUGACGCAUUUUUGGAAUCAUUAAAGACUUACCAUGGAUCUCAGUACCACUCGCACUCAACCGAUGUUUCGCAAUUUGCUGAGUCCUUUUUCAAUCUGCCGUCGGGACGUAUCGCUUUGCGUUUGAUGACGUUGACUUUACCCAACGAACAAGUAUAUGAUGACGGGCGCCUGCCGCCUCAUGUGCCAUUUGAAAUGGACAUUAGCCGUGGACAGGCAAGUGAGACCAACGCAUUGCCGUCAAUUUUGCACAACUAUUCGACGCUGCACCUUUUUCAGCGCCAAGUACUAACUCGUAUUCGAAAGGACAUUAAGGAGUGGUCUAGCGUGGAAAUUCUUUCAAUUUUGAAGUCGGCAAAUGAGAUCACACCGGCAAUUGGGGCACUGGUGCAGAACCUCUUCGAUGACCUUCCUGAGCUUGCUGUGACAAAAGCAAAUUAUCCGCUUGAGUUUGUCGCAGGCAGCCAAGAAACCGCUGUCGUGCCACUUGAUCUAUUCAAGCGCGAGUUUGAAAAGGGCGAUUUGCUCAAUGUUUACCGGUGUAACGGAGUGUACUUCGUGGUGGAAAGUGUGAGUCCUACUGGUACGGAUCUAGACGAAGAUGCCGACAACCGGUCUGGCGCGAGUUUUAAGAUACCUUACUGGGCGUUUUUUGAAUUUGGAGCAGACCACAUUAGUUUGCAGCUCCAUCAUCCAGAUCACUUUGGGAUCGACGCUAAAGGGUUCAAUCGGUUAAAUGUUCUAACACGCCUUCAACUUGGACUUCGCGCGUUAUGUCGUCGUGUAAAUCAGUUCUUACUCUUGCUGCAGCUCCACGAGACUCGCACAUGCAAUGGAUUACUGCUUCCGCCAAACGGCAACUUGCUGUCAAGUCCACGAUCACCUAAACAAAAUAAUGGCUCACAAAGAGCUUCGAGUUCAGUGAAUGGAAAGGAUGGAAACAUGAAACAAGGCAGUUUUUUUUGGCCUGGGCAGUUCGAGUGUGACUUGCGCUACUCUGCUUUUUUUAAGCUUCACGAGCGGUUGGCGCCCAAUUUUGCGCUCAAUAUAUUGUGCACUUCAGCACUGGAGCAGUUCCAAGUUCAUAAUCGACGCCAUAUUUUUGUGUACCGAGAUCGCGACGGUCACGUGUUUUAUAUGAAGAUUAGUAUAUUUUACGAUACGACAUUGUUCAAUGCAGAGGACAGUCAACCCGUCGAAGAACGGCAAGAGCGAAACGGUUUUGCUAGAUCUAGCACUGGAGGAAGCUGUGGUGGAGGUGCAACAACUUCAGCGACUACACCAGCAGGGGUCCCUGGAAUUCGGCUGGAAGUAUUCGGUGUAUCUGAAGCCGGUGAAGAAGUAACUCAUGAGUUGUGCCGCCUGCUGGAACGAAAGCUAGACGAAGCAACGCAAGUGGUUCUGAUGAAGUUGCUGGCACGCAAUACAAAAUUCCAGCUCAGUCAAUCAGACCUAGCGUUUUUGUGUCCACCUUCAGCCGAACCUUCGAGUAAGGUCAAUUACAUUCUUCCUGACGAGAUAGCUGAUGACUGCUGCACAUUGCUGCACUACUUGUCCCAGACACUUAAACUCUCAGCAUAUAUACGCCCUGUUACAAGUGGUGGAUCGUUGCCCUCACGAAGCUCACGAGAUAAUGUGGAUAACAAUACGCUACGGCCGACUCGGCUCGGCAGUUUGGCGUCUGCAGGUAGCUAUGUAAGUUUAUCCAGUGAGGAACAUGCGAAAGUAACAGCUCCAGAUAAAUGUGAAGAAGCAAAGCUUGAAGAAGUAACGCGCGCUACACAAGACAGUGCUAGCAUACACCCUGCUUACUUCGGACGCUAUCCGAAAACGUUUGAGCUCCAGGAAGAAGGUCCCUCAAUUUUGUUCGACGCAGCUUCUCGAUCACCUGUUUUCUUCUAUUCAGAACAUGAAGCGGAAAGGGAGAAUGAUGCUUUUGAUGAAGUGGUCUCAGGUGUUGCACCGAUACAACCAUUACCUGAAAUCGUGGCCUGCGCAUCGUAUGUUUUAAAUUUGAACCCAGACUUGCGCCUCUCGCAAGGAUUUUUGUCGCGGGUCGGAAAGGGGCUUGCUCUUAUGCGUGUGGAUCUAAUCCGUCAGAACUUCGCCAAGACUGGAGCUGAAAAUGAACAUCAGGAGGAUGCCAAGUCAGAGAGCAUCAAUAAGGUUAAGCAGAUGCACGACAUUCCAGGACUCGCGGCGUUGUACUCAACUCGUGUGAACACAAGCAACAACACCCUAGUGGCUAGAUGUCAGGUGUGGAUCCGAGGAUCCAUUCAUUCAACGGAACUAAGUCAAGUUGUGGAGUCAUUUAUGGAUGAAGCUUUGUACGACUACCACAUCGAAGCGACUAUCCGAAAGUUGCAUUCAUUCAACGGACGGCUUGAUACUUGUACAAGCAGUGAUGCGUCCCCAGAUUUAUCUGGGACCCAAGGGAAUCUGCCCUCGGAUGUGGAUACGCUAGUGUCGCUCUUUAAGAGCGCGUGUCUUUUGCCUUCGUCCUCUGUUACAAAGUUAGAAGCGGAUGAAUCGAUUGCGCCAUGGGACCUCAACAAUGCUGUGGCGCAGAUUCGCAAUUUUUUGUGCUGCCUGCCUCACCACUUGCGACCAGCAGUUUAUGCAAAGUCUAAGCUUUCAGGUAGAUAUGAGACUGUUUCGAGUCGCAAUGUAGGUCUGAGCUCUUACACGACUGGACCCCCACCAAACAAGUUUCGGCUGGUAUUACAGCUUGCUGGCGAUCUGGACGCACACGACGACUCAAGUGACUCGGAUACAGAAACGAUAGCGUCAAUGACCUCAGCAGUUCAUCACAUUGAACCGCUGAUGAGAACCGACUCUAUUCAUUCCGAGAUGUCAGAUAUUGACUCGAUAUCAGGCCGAGUGCCGCUCACAUUGACAUCAUGCUCAGAUUUGAAUGCGAUUUCACAGAUGCAAAAUGCGCCGUCUGUGUCUUCCACAACUUCAUCAAUGGUUGGACUGAUGGGAAUUCUGUCGCACCAACCACAUCACCCGAAGAAUGUGAGCUUUUCGGAGAGAGACGUAUUACUCUACUCGAACAAAGGCAGUACUCGGCAUCGCCAAAAACCGCAAUCUUAUGAAUAUCGGGAGGUGACACGAUCGUUUUACUACGUGGUGGAUCUGUCCACGAGCAAGGGAUUACGGUUACACGGAUACAAUAUGAGCGGCGCUCUGGUGGAGGCUCUAGCCACAUACACAGCGCGGAUACUUACAUGGAGCAUGCUUCGCGAAAAGCUGCUGAGAACCUUGCUGCUGGAAAAGUCGGGGCUUUCCACCGCCGCUCCUGUUGGCUCCAUGGUGCUGCAGCCCUCCAGUUUAUUUUCGGCCACCGGAAGGAUGGAACAAGCUGGGAAAGGCGUCGGCAAGAAUACUAUUGCUCAGUGUAAGGAUUCCGCUGUGCAUUUCAUAGAGUAUCGACCUCCCGUGCUAUCAAUACUGCAGUCCAACGAAUGGUUUCCUAGAGUCCUGGAUGCAGGUCGCCUGCGCUCAAUUGAGGGUUCCACCCUCGGAGCAUAUUUGCGUGAAGCACAAACCCAACCAGCCUUAGCAGCACUUGACUCUCAGUAUCAGCGCCCUAGAGGGCAUAGUAGCACGAAUUUGGGUGCUUCAUUUGGCCCUACAAGCAUUCCAGAUCUUACGCGAGAAACAUCAGGGCCAUCAUUAUCCCAGCGGAGUUUUAACAGCAAUGGAGAUAUUUCAGCACAUGUGCUGGGAGGCCAAGCACCCGGAAGAAGCAGGAGCGGUGGCAUUGUCAGCAGCAGCAAUGUAUCGGAUAGCCUGGUAUCGUCUCCAGGUAAGCGAUUAAGUGGACCUAGUUCUGCCUUGCCAUGUCCAGGUACCGGUCGGAGUGAAGUCACAGCUCGGAUGCGAGGCGGAGCGGGAGCCGCAACAGCAUUAAUGGCUGCACGUGCCCGAGCAAGGGGUAGUGGUGCCUUUCUCAACCAUAUAGGCGGCGGAUCAGGCAUUGGUGUAGCGCAAGUUGGUGGAAGGUCAUCAGCAGCAUCGUCAGGUGACAGUGUUGCGCCGUGGGAUUUGCCAUUGUCGAAUAUGAAAGGACCACGGUUGCAAAUCUCAGCGGAUGAUGCUGAUUCUAGGUUAAUUACGGGUCGGGAUGGCAGUCAAACAGAUUCCUACUCAAGGAAUGACUCCAGCUCCACAAUCACAGCAAGUGCAACUCUGAAGACUAAAUUGAGUGGAGUGAAUCACCUUGGGCGGAGAGGAUCUCGGAAUAACUGUCUAGCCAACCUAGUAUCAUCAUCGUCUUCAUCUUCAUUGUCUGGACUUACAGUGGCGAAGUCAUCUGCGCAUCACAAGGGCAGCAAUGAAACGUUAUCCUCGGAUCAAUGCCAAAUCCAUAGUUCUUGGAAGAAACGCUUGGAGUUUGCAUGGGGACCUCGUUUUUUAUUCCCUGGUAAUACGGAUCGAUGGGCGACGAUUGUUGCAGUUGAACAGCGGCAGCAUUCUACUGACCUCGAGGAGGGCAAAAAAGAGUACCAGCAUACAAAAGUUCAAACACCUCUUUCGUUAUUUUGUGCUGCACUGGAUAAGCGCUGGGAGGCAUUUGAAAUACGAUCGACAAGUCACACGGUGGGCAUGAAUCUGCUGGAAAAGCUUGCGUCGUUGCGAGCAGACGAAGAGAUGGAAGAGCCUGUUGCGAAGGAUGUUGUGGCACAUCUCGUGGAGAGCGGACACCUUUUGUUGUAUCAGCGCUUUCGAGCUGCUUUUGUGGAACGAUGGGUAGCCUCAGAAGUGAUUGGAGUACCUGAAGAAGACGGGGUAAUGAAUAGUCGCUUUCGCGCUUUGCAGUCAUGCAUGGAUCUAGUGCACUUGCUUAGCUACAAAAGAGAAUUUGUAUUUGAUCAAGACGAAUGCUCUGUGGCCAAACUUUACACGGAGCACACUGUUCUCAGCAUGGGAGCUGGUGCUGGUGCAGAUGUUUCUGGGAUUAAGCAGCAGGUUGCCACCAACUUGGAGCCAUUGCGCCUGGCAGUGGCGAGCGAGUUUUACAAGGAAUAUGCUGUACACUUGCGCACGCUGGGAUUCCGACGCCUUCGGACAAUAAAUACAAGUAGAAGCUGUGCACGCGCAUUCCCCAUCGAUCACGGCACUGUUGCAAAUGAAAACGAAAUACCAGGUGUGGAGGGCUUUACCGAAUACUUUUAUCAUCCUGAAAGGGCAGCCGCAGAAGCUGGUGGAUGGAAGAUGGAUCCAACCGAUAGCACCAAUGAUGCUCAUCCACUAUCGCUUGUGAUUUUAAAAGUGAGAUGCGACAACUGUGGCGUGCGGCUCUCUGCUGUGCUUGUGAGCUUAAAUGACGUGGAGCAGCAAGACCUGCGAUUUCAAAAUUGUUUGGCCGUAAAAGCUGGAAAUCACGCAAUGGGGACGUCAGGAUCACGGGUUCAAAGCGUAGCCUCGUGGCUACGAGCCCAAUUACAUACUGAGGCCCUGAUCUAUGGAUUUACGAUUCGCUACUUUCAGCAGCAUAUACUUCAGUGGAUCGACGCUUCUCGCAAUUUUCAUGCAGGACAGAAUGGGCAUGGACGCAGUGUUGGAAAGCAUCUUAGGGAAGAUGAUGCUCUUGUAGUUACCCCACCGUUACCAUGGAAGAAAGUCUCCACGUUCCAAAACAUCGUUAAAGGUCUUCAGUGCUUUCUGCAUGCAUUUCCGGAUCUACCAGACGAAUCUCAGAAUGCAGCAGCGCCAACCCUGUCAUUCGUAAGUAAAACUUGCGAUGGCGAAAACACAGUAAGGACCGGAUCAAGCGAUUUAAAAGUACCUUCGAUCCCUUUUUCGUCUGCAGCACCUGGUAGCGAUGGCCAUAAGUCAGCAUCGCAAGCCGCUUCGAGGUUUUCUCGGCGGGUUGCAACCGACCAGCAUCGUCAGCAACCCCUCCAUAUGACUUCAUCUGCGCCGGACACCAGCAUCAAGUCUGCAGCACCUUUAUCUUUGCUAUGGCAUGACUGUGUGAUACGAGUGGCGACGGUAACGUUGCGACCUACUUCACUACAAUCGAAUUGCUCCGAGUUAAUCAUGGUUCAGAUUCUGCUGCGAUAUAUCGCGUGCCAUGGCUUGCGCUAUGAGCUGCUAGACUUAUUGCAGUUCGGCACACCGGAUGCUGUAGUAUGCCAUUCUUCAUCAGGCAGCUUCUUCCAUCGAUCCACCAUGACACCAUCACCAAGCAAGGUGAAACUAUCUGGAGGAUACUCGUUAGUGAUCACGACGCAACCACUGACUAUCACGCCGGUCGACAAGGACUCAGUGCAGCUUGUGCUGCUCAAGAGUACGCCCUCGACGCUAGGUGUUUUGCCGGUGGAGCGAGCGCUGCAGGAAGCCCAGCUAUUUACCAGAGAGCUGUUUCGCGUUGCUAGUGAACACUAUGAGCGUGACCUACUAUGGUCUCGACUGCUGUUCGAUGACUCGCGCGGUCCCGAGACGGAUGUAGCUCGCACACUGGCGCUUCCAGCUGACUCUUUUCGCGUGGAAGUGGGGCCGCAGCAAUUGGAGGAAUGCCUUAGGCUGUCAAUUUGUACUCCCUUGGAAACGCUUGACCCGCGUCUUGACGAGCUGUUACGAGUAUCCGGCGUCUGCUGGCAAGAGUUGGCGCUACGACUGCGUGAUAUAUAUGCCGAUCAGCUCCGAGAGUUUCAGUUUGAAGAAGAGGACGAGAACAGCAGCCACCUGCUGUUGCUCUGUCCCGACGCGUUUGACCUCAUCAUCCACUUGACAUUCAUCACACCCAGAGACCAAACAGUCUUAGAACAAGCACAAGACAGAGUGGUCAGUAGAAGUGGCGACGAAAGUACAGACAGCAGAAGCUCAAGUAUCAACGGCAGCCACAUUAGCAGUAUUGGUGAGCAGUUGAACGAAAACAGCUUUCGUUCAGCCGCUAGACAAUUUGAAAAAGAUGCUGAGGGUGACGUGCGCGUGGAGAUCUGCCGCCGUGAAGAGCCGACAAACAAGCAGUUUACUUUUGCGCAGCGGCGUUCGAUCUUGGAGUUCGUCAACAGUAUUGUGCACUGGCAAUGGCGGAGUCUCAUUUACGAUUGA